ACAAGUUAUAAAUAUUUAUUUCACAAUAUUAUAGUAGGGAAUAGGGAUAUUCUUAAUGUUUUUAGAUUUUUAGUUUUUCGGAUAAGGAAUAUAAUAUAAUGUUUUAAAAGUGCCCUGUAAUAAUAUUAUAAUGUUUACGAAAGCACAAACCGCCUUCCACGGCGCUAUAGAAGAAUUACCGGGUAUUUACGUUGAUAAUUUCGAAAACGCUGCUAAAGUAAAUGCCAGAGCUUAUUUUUUAAGCCACUGCCACGCUGAUCAUAUGCACGGAUUGAGUUCUGAGGAGUUAAUGGCUACGCUGAAAAAGAGUGGAGCCAAGAUUUACACAACGGAAUUAUCUGCAGCCAUUAUAAAGACCGAUGUAAAUAAAGAUAUCGGUGAUCAUGUACAGAGUUUGAAAAUGGGUGGUACACAAAUAUUAAGUUUUCCUUCCAUACCCGAACAGAAUAUUCCAGAACUACUUCUCACCGUGACUCUCAUUCCGGCCGGCCACAGCGCUGGUUCGACUAUGUUUUUGUUCAGGACCACGACUAAAACGAUUCUAUUCACUGGUGACUUCAGAAUGAACCCCAACGAUUUACCCAAAUAUUCAGCACUUCAUGACGACGGCCACCCUAUAAAGUUGACCGGUCUCUAUGUAGACACAACCUUCUUAAGCUACAAUUACGAUAAUUUUCCCAAACGUAGCGAGAGUAUAGAAAAAAUGUGCUCUGAAAUCAAGAAGUGGUUGAGUUACGAACAAAAUGCCGUGGCCUUGCACACCUCAGCCAAGUAUGGUUACGAGUUUGCAUUCAAUGAGAUAUAUCGGAGGUUGGGUUUGAAGGUACAUGUACCGACGGAGAGGUGGAAUUUGUACAGUUCCAUACAACAUUUGGUGCCCGGUGUCACAAACGAGUCGACAAAGAUACAUUUAUGCAAGAAAAAACAGCAACACGAUGUCUGUGUGAUGGAAAGUUAUGGGAAUUAUUUGCAUGUCCGUCUGUCAGCGAUGAAGUGGACUAAAUACAGACAUAACGAUCCGCCAGUUAAAUAUACAUCCAAAGAUCACUUGGAUGUCUGUUUCGCUACUCAUUGCAGUAGGAGCGAGCUGCUGUUUUUCAUCAGAUACAUGUCACCGACCAAAGUCAUCGGCUUCCCGAACCCUUACAGGCCCCUCAAGAGGAAGAUCCAGGCAUACUGAUUUAUAUAACGAGCGUGUUUUGUGUAUCAAAUAUAUUUAUUUUUAUCA